CUCAAAGUGUCGUUACAAGCAUGUGAAAAGAUUCUCAAAAUUGAAAAUAAUUUUCAUAGAAAUUGGCAAGGACUUUCUUCCAACGAAUACGAUUACUUCUCAUUAUAUUAUUCACUCUGUGCCAAUCAUAUUGGACAUGUCUCCACCUCCCAUCAUAGUUUAUUGAUCAUUCACGUGUGUUAGGUCAAGUCAAGCAGGCGGCUAGGUUGUCCAUGUGCAACCCAUGAACUCAGAAAAAGGAUCCCUAUCUAACUAAAUCUGCCAAGAAGUUUAGACUUUCACAUCACAAACUGUUUUCUGCCUUAUUGCACUUACUUCUCUUUACUUCUUUUCAACCUUGUUCAACCAAGAACAGAGACUAUGGCUGGGGCCUUGGUGGGUGGAGCUGUUCUCUCAGCAUUUCUUCAGGUGGCGUUUGACCGAGCGGCUUCUCGCGAGGUCCUAGACUAUCUCAACGGAAGGAAACUGAUUGAUCGUUUGGUGCAAAAGCUGAAGUUAGAGCUGAUGUCUGCUGGUGCUGUGCUCAAUGAUGCCGAGGAGAAGCAAAUUACAGACCCUGCUGUGAAAAAGUGGCUGGAUGAGCUCAAAGAUGCUGUUUAUGUUGCGGAUGACCUCCUCGAUGAGAUUGCCUACGAAGCUAUGCGAUGCAAGUUAGAAGCUGAAUCCACUAGUACUAGUAAGGUAAUGGGUUUUCUCUCUACUACUUUUGUUAAUUCAUUUGACAAAAGGAUACAGUCUGAACUAGAAAACAUUCUAGAACAAUUAGAAUCUAUUACAAAACAAAAGGAUGUCCUCCGUUUAGAAAAGGUUGCUGCUGCUGCUGAAGUACCAUCACGACCAUUGACAACUUCUUGCCCUGAAGAAUAUGGUGUGUUUGGUAGAGACAAGGAUAUGGAGGCGAUAUUUGAUAUGUUCCAAUCACAUGAUGCGAGUGUUAAUGGUAUAUGUGUUGUUCCCAUAGUAGGUAUGGGUGGGGUUGGUAAAACAACUCUUGCUCGACUUAUAUACAAUGACAAAAGAGUCGAGGAGAGUUUUGACAUCAAAGCUUGGGUUUGUGUAUCAGAAAAUUAUGAUUAUUUUAGGAUAGCAAAAACUAUUUUUGAAGAGGUCACUUCAUCUGCUUGUGACAUUCAAACCAUGAAUUUGCUGCAAAAUAAAAUCAGAGAGAAAUUCAAGGAGAAGAAAGUUUUCCUAGUUUUAGACGAUGUUUGGAAUGAGAACUAUGAUGAUUGGGUUGAGUUACUUAAAGUUUUCAAAUGUGGGGCACAGGAGAUUAAGAUUAUUGUUACGACACGCAGUACAAUAGUUGCAUCAAAAGUAGGCACAUUAUCUUAUAUUCUAAAUAAAUUGUCAAUCGAAGAAUGUUGGUCGAUAUUUGAAAAACAUGCAUUUAAAAAUGGAAGCUCCGGUGAAUUUCCUGUCCUUGAGGAAAUUGGUAGAAAAAUUGUCCAAAAGUGUAGAGGUUUGCCUUUAGCUGCAAAAGCACUUGGGGGUUUGCUACGGUUUGAAGAAAAUCCAAGAGAGUGGGCAAAGAUUUUGAAGAGUGAUAUAUGGAAUUUACCGAAAGGAAACAUUAAUAUCCUUCCAGCUCUAAGAUUGAGCUACCACUAUCUCCCACCACAUUUGAAACGUUGCUUUGCUUAUUGCUCAAUCCUUCCAAAGGAUUAUGAAUUUAAAAAGGAAGAAUUGGUCCUAUUGUGGAUGGCAGAAGAUUUAUUACAGCAAUAUGAAGGAAAUGGAAUGAUGGAAGAAACCGGUGAACAAUACUUUGAUGAUUUGGUAUCUAGAUCAUUUUUUCAACGAUCAGGUAGCAACCAAUCAUGUUUCAUAAUGCAUGACCUAGUCAAUGACUUGGCAAUAUUUAUAAGCGGAGAGUUUUGUUUCAAGCUGGAGGACAAUGAGUCUCGUGUAAUCACAAGAAAGACUCGCCAUUUGUCAUAUGUUAGAACUAACUAUGAUGCCUCCAAGAAAUUUAAGGUGUCUUACAAGGCCAAGGAUUUGCGAACCUUUCUUGGAUUAGAUUUGUCAUUGGAUCGAUGGUAUCACAAUAGGAUGUCAACAAUGAUGCUUAAUGAUUUGUUGUUGACAUUUAAGUGCUUACGAGUGCUAUCAUUUUCUACCUAUAGAAACAUGAGGGAGUUGCCUAAUUCUGUUGGCAAUUUGAAACAUCUACGCAAUUUAAAUCUUAGUUACACUUCAAUUGAAAGGUUACCAAAUUCUCUAUGUACUUUGUAUAAUUUGCAAACCUUGUUAUUGUUCAAAUGUGAGUCCCUUAUCAAGCUGCCUAGCAAGAUGUGGAGAUUAGUCAACUUGCGCCACUUGGAUUUAGUUGGUACAAAAUUGAAAGAGAUGCCACUGCAUAUGGGUAAAUUGGGAAAUCUUGUGAAAUUAACUACUUUUGUUGUGGGCAAACAUUCUGGGUCUAGUAUUAAGGAGUUAGGGGAGCUCCAUCAUCUUUCUGGAGCAUUGUCCAUUUUAAACUUGCAAAAUGUUCAUCAUGCUAGAGAUGCAAGGGAGGUUAAUUUAAAGGAUAAGCAGUACUUAUCUGAGUUGGUGUUUCAAUGUGGCUUUGACAAUGAAAAUUCAGAAAAGGAAAGACAUGUUCUGGAGCAAUUGUGUCCUCAUUCGAAAUUGGAGUCUCUCACUAUUGAAGAUUACGGGGGUACAAAAUUUCCAAAUUGGUUAGAAGAUUGUUCUUUCUCCAAUAUGGUGUCUAUACGCCUUGCCAAUUGUAAGUAUUGCUCAUCCUUGCCUUCACUUGGGCACCUACCUGUCCUCAAGAAACUCUAUAUUCAAGGUUUUCAUUUUGUAUUGCGUGUGGAUCGUGAGUUCUAUGGGGAUGGUUCUUCUACAAUUAAGCCUUUUAAAUCCCUUGAAGUAUUAAGCUUUGAAGACAUGCCAGAGUGGCAGGAAUGGUUUUUAUUUGAAGAUGAACAUGAAGAUGGGGUUGAAGUUUUCUCUACUCUCAAAGAGCUUUGCAUAAUUGAAUGUCCCAAGCUAAGCGGUGGUCUACCCAGUCAGCUUCCCUCUUUAAUCAAACUUCGAAUUGCAGGAUGUCAGCAACUUGUUGCUUCAGUUCCUAGAGCUCCAACUCUCAAUAGAUUGCAAUUAAGUGAUUGUGAUAAGGUAGUGUUGAAGGAAUUACCACCCAAGUUGGAUUACCUCUUUAUUAGCGGAGGUCGCAUCUUCUUGCAGUCGUUUGUGGAGCUUAUGACGUGUCUCGCUGUCCCAGGAAGUGGAGUACCCACUACAUUAAAAUCACUUGAAAUCAUAGGAACAUUUCAGAUCACAACGGGCCAUUACUAUCCUUCUCUUGAAAGUUUGAGUAUAUGGGAUGACUCUGACUCACUCUGGUCUUUUCCCUUAGAGUCGUACCCAAAACUCAAAUCUCUCAGUGUAUGGGAAAGUAAAAACCUUGAAUCUCUUUUCGUAUCAGAGGAAUCUUACCGUGAUCUUAGUUCUCUCACUCAUUUGAAUAUUUCCUCGUGCCCUAAUUUUGUAUCAAUUUUUAGUGGAGGUAUCUGCGCCCCUAAUUUGACAUGGAUUUCGAUCGACAAUUGCAACAAGUUAAAGUCAUUGCCUGAAAAUAUGCGCACCCUAUUCCCAUCCCUUGAGCAUUUGGGAGUCCGUCAGUGUCCAAAACUGGAAUCAUUUCCUGAGGGAGGUUUGCCCUUAAAUUUAGUAUCACUUGGCGUCUCUUACUGCGACAAACUAUUUUCCCGGGGAUUGCAAGAUCUACACUCCCUCAGAGAGAUCAGUAUCAUCGGCGAUAAUGGCAAAGACGUGGAGUCCUUUCUGGAGGAAGCGUUGCUGCCUCCCACUCUCACAGAUAUCGAUAUUUCAUCUUUUCCAAAGCUGAAAUCACUCAAGGGUUUUCAACAUCUCACCUCUCUUAAAAACUUGAAUAUUUCUUGGUGCAAUAACCUCCAGUACUUACCAGCAGAGGGCUUUCCCACCACUCUUUCUUCUCUAAUUAUUUACAGCUGCCCUCUUUUAGAACAACGGUGUGAGAGAGAGAAAGGGGAAGAAUGGCCAAAAAUUGCGCACAUCCCCAACAUGGUGAUUCACGGUGAAUUGAUCGAAUGAGCUAUGAGUCAACAUGCGCUUCAGCCCCAGAUCAGUGUCACUAACAGACCCUCCAUGCUCCAAGCAUCACUUUUGUGCUAUCUGGCUGCCGAUCCUUUUGCGUUGUACAAACUACUAAAUUCUUAAUCUGUUUUCAAGUCACCUGUAGAAAGCUCAUCCUUCUGUCUUCAUCAACAUCCAAACAUAUCCUUACUCUUAUUCUUUCUGGAGCUGCACUUGCUUCAUUUUCCGUUCACUACAUUUCACCUUUGGACAUUUGAAGUGUGAGACACAGACUUUGAAAGAGUAAUUAUAUUAGAUGGUUUUUUAAUCUCAGGUAGACACUGGGAUAGUUUGAAGCUAGUGCUGCUUUAAUAGCUAUAAACAGUUGCUGAAUUCCUUAUGCAUGAGAAUCUUUUGAUUGAAUGAUGCUGAAUAAACCGUAACUGAGCAACUUAGGAAGAGGCAUUAAUAUUGUUCGGGCACUUGAGAAGGGCUUUAUUUUCUCAUACAUGAGUCACAGAAAAUAAAUUAUCAGGGUAUAAGGCCAAGCUCAGUUCAAGCCUCCUUAUCUAUAUGAAAAAGAAGAAAUGAUGCCAAAAUAAGGGAAAAAUCUUGCAAGACUCGCAUCCCCUACAUAAGAAUCAAUUAUAAAGUUUUGGUGGAUGCUAAAACUCUUAAAGAGACCCAAUCCCCUGUUUUGCUCCACACAAGAGAUAGCUAGCAACAUGACUCAAUUUUAUUACCAGAUAGAGAUGUUUCAUGCUACAUCCAGAAUUUGUGAAGAGAAGGAAUUCUUGUGCAGAUUAACUUUAAUUUGCCAACAAGUUCCACAUAAAUCCAGCAUCUAUUUGGCGCGAUAUCAGAGCCUAUUGGUCACUAAAAAAAAUCUUCUUAUCUUGAGGAUUUAUGUUUACUUGAAUCCAACUGGAGGGACCUACGGCAUUAUUCAGCUUCUUCAUUUUAAGUCCAAACUCAUGGUGGUACAAGAAGAAAGUGGAAGAUUGAGGGAAUGAAAUCUCUGGUAGUUCAAUUUUUAUUAUUAUUUUUCCUUAAGCUUCUGCAUUUGACGACUAACAGAUUGAUUCUUUUAACAAUUUACACUAUAAGAAGUUCAAAAUGUGAUUGUAACAUUUGUCUUGAGAAAUAUGGCAGGCUAUUUGAUCAUAUUUGACAAGCGGCAGGUGGAACCUAGUGCAGACUUGUAGCUUCCAUUAUCUCAAUUUUUAGAUUAAAAAUAACUUCUUUGUCUUAGUGAGAGAAGUUCUUUUGAUUGAGCAAUUCAGGUUUUUAAUCUCAGGUGGACAUUGGAGUAGUUUGAAGCUAGUGUUGCUUUAAUACCUUCAACUGUUGCUGAAUUUUUUAAGCAUGAGAAUCUUUUGAUUGAAUGAUGCUGAAUAAACUUUAACUGAGCAACCCAAGAAAAGGCAUUCAUAACAUUCGGUUACUUCAAUAGGGCUUUAGAAUACAUGAGUCAUAGUGAAUGAAUUAUCAGGGUACAAGGCCAAGCUCAAUUCAAGCCUCCUGAUCUGUAUGACAAAGAAGAAAUGAUGCCAAAAUAAGGGGAAAAUCUUGCCAGAAGACUUGCAUCACCUGCAUAAGAAUCAAUUAUAAAGUUUUGGUUGGUGCUAAAACUCUUGAAGAGGCCCGAUACCUUGUUUCAUUCCACAUGAGAUAGCUAGCAACAUGACUCAAUUUUAUUGUCAGAUAUGAGAGGUUUCAAGCAACAUCCAAAAAUUGCUGAAGGGAAGGAAUUCUUUUGCAGAUUCACUUUAAUUUGUCAACAAGUGCAACACGAGCUCAGCAUCUAUUUGGCAUGAUAUCGGUGGCUACUUGUCCUCUUACAUCAGCCACACUCCUAAAUUUCUAAUAUGCUUCCAGCAUUAUUCAGCUCCUUCAUUUUGAGUCCAAACUCCUGGUGGUACAACAAGAAAGUGGGAGAUUGAGGGAUUGACAAGUCUCUGGAUAUUUGACCAUAUUUGAGAAGCAGCACGUGGAACCUAGUGCAGACUUGUAGCUUCCAUUGUCACAUUUUUUAGGUUAAAAAUCACUUCUCAGUCUUAGUGAGAGAAGUUCUUUUGAUUGAACAAUACAGAUGUAACAGACAUGUCACAUGUGGGUGGAAUGGCCUUUGUAAUGACAUUCCCUGUUGGAGUUUUUAAUCAUGAAGAAAUCAACUAAUUGAGUCUUUUCCGCUGGAGGUCCCUGCUUGGAAUUCUUGUUUUGUUGUCUUUAAUGAAAACUAUGUGGGCCUGGAAGUCUUGGAAGACAAAAAAACCAUGCUGGAUGGAUCAUGCAAUUGUAGGUGAGUCACUAACAUGUGCUCCACACGCCCAGCUCAUCUUUCUUUCUUUAUCAAAAUUCAAGCAUUCCCUUACUCUUAUUCUUUCUGGGGCUUCUCUUGCGUCAUUAUCCAUUCUCCCAUUUUCAAAUUUGGACUUUCAAAGUGUGACAGACAGACUUUGACAGAAUUAAACCUUGAAUAACCAACUGUGCAACCAUGAAAAUUUGAGAUAGUUCAGUGACAGGAGAAGGCCAAGAUCAAUUCAACAUGAGUAAUAGAAAAGAGAUUAUCAGGAUAUAAAGGCCAAGUUUGAUUCAAGCCAAUUGAUAGGCCAAGUGCCUCCCUUUCUUAUCUAUGAUCUAUGGAAGGCUUAAAAAAAAAAAGGAAAAUGAUGCCAAAAGAAGGGAAAAUUGAUGCAAGAUAGCUCACAAUGCCUGCAAAAGAAUCGAUAAUGAAGUUUUGGAGUGUGCUAAAAACUUAGAGACAUGACCCAACCCCCUGUCUCAGUCCACACAGGAGAGAGCUAGAUGCACUACUCAAUUUCAUAGUCAGAUUUACUUUGAUUUGUCAAGUAGUGCAACACAAGCCCGACAUCUAUUUGGUGUAAUAUCAGUGCCUAUUGGUCCUCUUGCAUCAGUUAAACUCCACAAUUUCUGCUACGUUUCCUGGUCACUGAAUGUAUCUUUUCAUCUUGAGGAUUUUUCGUUAUGUGACUCCGUUGCCAACAUUCCUACUGGAGGGACCUGCAGCAUUAUUCAACUCCUUCAUUUCAAGUCCAAACUCUCGGUGGAACAAAAAGACACGAAUGAUUGGUGGAUUGGCAAGUCUCUGAAUAAACUUUAACUGAGCAACCCAGGAAGAGACAUUAAUGUUGUUUGGUUACUUGAGAAGGGCUUUAGUUUCUCAGACAAGAAUCAUAGAAAAUAAAUUAUCUGGGUAUAAGUCCAAGCUCAAUUCAAGCCUCAUGAGCUUCAUGAAAAAGAAGAAACGAUGCCAAAAUAAGGGGAAAAUCUUGCAAGAAGACUCACAUCCCCUGCAAAAGAAUCAAUUAUAAAGUUUUGAUGUGAGAGGUUUCAAGCUACAUCCGGAAAUUGUAAAGGGAUGGAUUCUUGUGCAGAUUAACUUCAAUUUUUCAUCAAGUGCCUAUUUGUCCUCUUACAUCAGACUCUCCUUUGCCACAUUCCAACCAAAGGGACCUGCAGCAUUAUUCAGUUCCUUCAUUUUGAGUCCAAACUCCUGGUGCUACAACAAGAAGGAGGAAGAUUGAGGGAAUAAAAAAUCUCUGGUAGUUCAAUUAUUAUUAUUAUUUUUCCUUAAGCUUAUGUAUUUGAUGCCUAACAGAUUGAUUGUUUUAACAGUUUACACUACAGGAAGUUCAAAAUGUGAUUGUACAUUUAUCUUGAGAAAUAUGGCAGGCUAAUUAAUCAUAUUUGACAAGCGGCAAUAGGAACCUAGUGCAGACUUUUAGCUUCCAUCAUCACAUUUUUUAGAUUAAAAACCAGUCUUAGUGAUAGAGUUCUUCUGAUUGAAAAAUGCAAGUCAGCUACACACUGUUCUUCCAUUCUUAUUGCUUACCUUUGCUCUUUCCAAACGAGGAAAGCAGAAAUUACUAUACUACAAAUAAGAAAUGGAAUAAAAAAAAAAAUGUUCACAUGGACGGUAACAAAUGGUAUUGAAACCAUUAGAAGUGAUCAGUGUUGAAUGCUCAUCCAUCUAAUUAUCUAAAUGCCACAUUCCAAAUGUAACAGACACAUCACAUGUGGGUGGAAUGUCCUUUUUUUUGACAUCUGUUGGAGUAUUUAAUCGUGAAGAAAUCAACUAAUGGAGUCUUUUCUGCUGGAGGUCCCUGCUAGAAAUCAACUAAUGAAAACCAUGUUUGCCUGCAAGUCUUGGAACACAAAAAAUCCAUGCCGGAUGGGUCAUGCAAUUAAAGGGGCCAUCAUGCAUUCUGCUAUUGAAACAUAUGGUGCUAUUCUACCUUAAUGGCAAGGACAUUUUGUAUAUUCCAUAUGCACCUGUUUAAAUGAAGUAUACAUUAUCAGGUCAACAACUACCUCUCUCUGAGCUUUGUGAAUUGAUGGUGGACAGAAAAAAGUCAGUCCUCUCCAGAAUUUUGGUUUUUUCUUCUUUUCCACACUCUAGUUAGUUCAAAAGGCUCAGCACAUCACUGUACUUGUCGUCAUUGCUGUCCUCACUGUUGUUCCUAUCAAUAAUUCUAAAUUUUCCUAUGCUGAGAUUGUGAUGCGAGAGGCAUAGAGGGGGGAACUUUCCCAAGAUGGCUCAGGUGUUUGUUCCAUGAAAAAUCAAGGCCAUUCUUGAGGCUCUAUGAUGUCAAUACCAGCAAUUACCAGUUUUCAAACACAAUAUGUGCAUUAUGUUGAGGCUUCCAACAAUAACGUAACUGACAACUGCUUGACAUCAUCCUAUCGAUGAAUACAAUAAUUAUAAGCUUGGUUUUAAGAUCUGAGGUGGCUGCUACCAAACAAAUUUGACCUUCUACAACCAAAGCUUCCAAAGAGCUAAACUUACUUCCAAGAAGCAUUCAUGACAUCGGUCCUGCCAACCUAUUCUUUUUAACUUCAUAUAAAGUUUGGAGCUCCACGUGUGAAUUGAACAACCUUUAACUGAGCAACCCAGGAAGAGACAUGAAGAUUGUUCAGUUAUAAGAUGAGGGCAUUGGUUUCAUACAUGAGUUAUAGAGAAGAGAUUAUCGCGGUAUAAAGGCUAAGUUCAAUUCAAGCAAAAAGAUAGGCUACGUGCUGGAUGGAUCAUACAAUUGUAGGUGAGUCACUAACAUGUGCUCCACACGCCCAGCUCAUCUUUCUUUCUUUAUCAAAAUUCAAGCAUUCCCUUACUCUUAUUCUUUCUGGGGCUUCUCUUGCGUCAUUAUCCAUUCUCCCAUUUUCAAAUUUGGACUUUCAAUGUGCGACAGACAGACUUUGACAGAAUUAAACCUUGAAUAACUAACUGUGCAACCAUGAAAGUUUGAGAUAGUUCAGUGACAGGAGAAGGCCAAGAUCAAUUCAACAUGAGUUAUAGAAAAGAGAUUAUCAAGAUAUAAAGGCCAAGUUUGAUUCAAGCCAAAUGAUAGGCCAAGUGCCUCCCUUUCUUAUCUAUGAUCUAUGGAAGGCUUAAAAAAGAGGAAAAUGACGCCAAAAGAAGGGAAAAUUGAUGCAAGAUAGCUCACAGUGCCUGCAAAAGAAUCGAUAAUGAAGUUUUGGAGUGUGCUAAAAACUUAAAGACAUGACCCAACCCCCUGUCUCAGUCCACACAGGAGAGAGCUAGAAGCACUACUCAAUUUCAUAGUCAGAUAUGAGACGUUUCAUUCUACAUUGAGAAAUCGUUAAGGGGAGGAAUUCUUGUGCAGAUUUACUUCUUUUUGUCAAGUAGUGUAACACAAACCCGACAUCUAGUUGGUGUAAUAUCAGUGCCUAUUGGUCCUCUUGCAUCAUUUAAACUCCACAAUUUCUGCUACGUUUCCUGGUCACUGAAUGUAUCUUUUCAUCUUGAGGAUUUUUCGUUAUGUGAAUCCGUUGCCAACAUUCCUACUGGAGGGACCUGCAGCAUUAUUCAAGUCCUUCAUUUCAAGUCCAAAUUCUCGGUGGAACAAAAAGACAUGAAUGAUUGGUGGAUUGGCAAGUCUCUGAAUAAACUUUAACUGAGCAACCCAGGAAGAGACAUUAAUUUUGUUUGGUUACUUGAGAAGGGCUUUAGUUUCUCAGACAAGAAUCAUAGAAAAUAAAUUAUUUGGGUAUAAGUCCAAGCUCGAUUCAAGCCUCCUGAGCUUCAUGAAAAAGAAGAAACGAUGCCAAAAUAAGGGAAAAUCUUGCAAGAAGACUCACAUCCCCUGCAAAAGAAUCAAUUAUAAAGUUUUGAUGUGAGAGGUUUCAAGCUACAUCCGGAAAUUGUAAAGGGAUGGAUUCUUGUGCAGAUUCACUUCAAUUUUUCAUCAAGUGCAACACAAGCCCAGCAUCUAUUUGGAUUGAUAUCAGUGCCUAUUUGUCCUCUUACAUCAGACUCUCCUUUGCCACAUUCCAACUGAAGGGACCUGCAGCAUUAUUCAGUUCCUUCAUUUUUGAGUCCAAACUCCUGGUGCUACAACAAGAAGGAGGAAGAUUGAGGGAAUUACAAAUCUCUGACACAUCACAUGUGGGUGGAAUGUCCUUUGUUUUGGCAUCUGUUGGAGUAUUUAAUCAUGAAGAAAUCAACUAAUGGAGCCUUUUCUGCUGGAGGUCCCUGCUAGAAAUCAACUAAUGAAAACCAAGUUUGCCUGCAAGUCUUGGAACACAAAAAAUCCAUGCUGGAUGGGUCAUGCAAUUAAAGGUCAACAACUACCUCUCUCUGAGCUUUGUGAAUUGACGAUGGGCGGAAAAAAGUCAGUCCUCUCCAGAAUUUUGGUUCUUUCUUCUCUUCUACACUCUAGAUAGUUCAAAAGGCUCAGCACAUCACUGUACUUGUCGUCAUUGCUGUCCUCACUGUUGUUACUAUCAAUAAUUCUAAAUUUUCCUAUGCUGAGAUUGUGAUGCGAGAGGCAUAGAGGGGGCAACUUUCCCAAGAUGGCUCAGGUGCUUGUUCCAUAAUAGAUCAAGGCCAUUCUUGAGGCUCUGUUGUGUCACUACCAGCAAUUACCAGUAUGUGUUUUCAAACCAAAAGGUUUUCAAACACAAUAUGUGCAACAUGUUGAGGCUUCCCACAAUAACAUACCUGACAAUUGCUUGACAUCAUCCUAUUGAUGAAUACAAUAUUUCUAGGCUUGGUUUUAAGAUCUAAGGUGGCAGCUACCAACCAAAUUUGUCCUACAAUCAAAGCUUCCAAAGAGCUAAAUUUGCAUCCAACAAGCAGCAAUGAUAUCUUUCCUGCCAGCCUGUUCUUUCUAAUUUCAUAUGAAGUUUUGACUUCCAUGUGUAUAUCGGUACAAUGAAGAGCAAUGUGUCACUAACAAAUCCUCCAUGCUCCAAGCAUCACUUUUGUGCUACCUGGCUGCCGAUCCUUUUGCAGUACAAACUACUAAGUUCUUAAUCUGUUUUCAAGUCACCUGUAGAAAGCUCAUCCUUCUGUCUUCAUCAACAUCCAAACAUUUCCUUACUCUUAUUCUUUCUGGAGCUUCACUUGCUUCAUUUUCCGUUCACUCCAUUUCACCUGUGGACAUUUGAAGUGUGAGACAGACUAUGAAGGAAUAAUUAUCCUAGAUGGUUUUUAAUCUCAAGUGGACACUGGGGUAGUUUGAAGCUAGUGUUGCUUUAAUACCUUCAACAGUUGCUGAAUUUUUUAAGCAUGAGAAUCUUUUGAUUGAAUGAUGCUGAAUAAACUUUAACUGAGCAACCCAAGAAAAGGAAUUAAUAAUGUUCAGUUACUUGAGAAGGGCUUUAGUUUCUCAUACAUGAAUCAUAGAAAAUAAAUUAUUAGGGUACAAGGCCAAGUUCAGUUAAGCCUCCUGAUCUGUAUGACAAGGAAGAAAUGAUGCCAAAAUAAGGGGAAAAUCUUCCCAGAAGACUUGCAUCCCCUGCAUAAGAAUCAAUUAUAAAGUUUUGGUUUGUGCUAAAACUCUUGAAGAGGCCCAAUACCUUGUUUUGCUCCACACGAGAUAGCUAGCAGCAUGACUCAAUUUUAUUGUCAGAAAUCAACUAAUGGAGUCUUUUCCGCUGGAGGUCCCUGCUUGGAAUUCUUGUUUUGUUGUCUAUAAUGAAAACUAUGUGGGCCUGCAAGUCUUGGAACACAAAAAAAUCCAUGCUGGACAGAUCAUGCUAUUAAAGGUCAACAAACUACCUCUCUCUGAGCAUUGGGAAUUGAUGGUCGACGGAAAAAAGUCAGUCCUCUCCAGAAUUUUGGUUUUUUCUUCUCUUCCACACUCCAGAGAGUUCAAAAGGCUCAGCAUAUCACUGUUCUCGUUGUCCUUGCAGUCCUCAGCAGUAGGGGAUGUAGAACUCCGUUGUUGCUAUCAAUAAUCUAAAUUUUCCUAUGCUGAGAUUGUGAUGCGAGAGGUAUAGAGGGGGAAACUUUCCCAAGAUGGCUUAGGUGCUUGUUCCAUGAAAGAUCAGGGCCAUUCUUGAGGCUCUGUCGCGACACUACCAGCAAUUACCAGUUUUCAAACACAAUAUGUGCAACAUGUAGGCUUCCAACAAUAACAUACCUGACAAUUGCUUGACAUCAUCCUAUUGAUGAAGACAAUAUUUAUAGGCUUGGUUUUAAGAUCUAAGGUGGCUGCUACCAACCAAAUUUGACCUUCUACAACCAAAGCUUCCAAAGAGCUAAACUUACAUCCAACAAGCAGCAAUGAUAUCUGUCCUGCUAGCGUGUUCUAUUUAACUUCAUAUCAAGUUUGAACCUCCAUGUGUGAAUUGGUACAGUGAAGAGCAAUGCAGAGAAAUGUGUAGCUCCAGUUUUCAGAUUCAAAAUUUGAUUGGAAACAUAUCGCUUAGGCAAUUUAUGUAAUAUCAAUUGUGAUUGUUACAUAUCAAGAAUUUGACCAUUUUCUAAAUGAGUUUGAUUGGAUGUACUCCGAAAUAUUCUUGAAUUUAUAUUUUGUCAGUACUUUUCCAAUGCUAUUAA